GCAGCAGAAAGAGGACUUGUUCUAGGAACUGCAGCUAGAAAACCUGUGUUAGGCUGUAGCUACGGACAGGUCCAAGCUACACAAAAAUGCGUGAAAUUGUGCAUCUUCAGAUUGGCCAGUGUGGAAACCAAAUUGGAGCUAAGUUCUGGGAGGUGAUAAGUGAUGAACAUGGAAUUGACAUCGAAGGAAACUACCGUGGGGCUGCACCACUGCAGCUUGAGCGAAUUAACGUGUAUUUCAACGAGGCUUACUCUCAUAAAUACGUGCCCCGUUCCAUCUUGGUGGACCUAGAACCUGGAACUAUGGACAGUGUACGAUCUAGCAAAAUAGGCCCAUUAUUUCGACCUGACAAUUUUAUUCAUGGUAACUCUGGUGCUGGCAACAACUGGGCUAAGGGGCAUUACACAGAGGGAGCUGAACUGAUUGAAAACGUCAUGGACGUGGUGAGAAAUGAGUGUGAGAGCUGUGAUUGCCUGCAGGGGUUUCAGCUUAUCCACUCACUUGGUGGUGGUACGGGCUCGGGUAUGGGCACACUCCUCAUCAAUAAAAUCAGAGAAGAAUAUCCUGACAGGAUUAUGAACACCUUCAGUGUUGUGCCUUCACCCAAAGUAUCUGACACAGUCGUAGAGCCAUAUAACGCCAUCCUCUCCAUCCAUCAGCUAAUAGAGACCACAGAUGAAACCUUUUGCAUUGAUAACGAAGCUCUAUACGACAUAUGCUUCAGAACUUUAAAGCUCACCAAUCCCACCUAUGGUGACCUCAACCACUUAGUGUCCCUAACAAUGAGUGGGGUCACAACCUCACUCCGUUUUCCCGGUCAGCUGAACGCGGAUCUGCGGAAGCUGGCUGUUAACAUGGUGCCUUUUCCACGCCUGCAUUUUUUUAUGCCUGGCUUUGCUCCACUGACAGCUCGAGGUAGUCAGCAGUACAGAGCCCUGUCAGUACCAGAGCUCACUCAACAGAUGUUUGAUGCACGUAACAUGAUGGCAGCCUGUGACCCUCGUCGUGGACGUUACUUGACCGUGGCAUGCAUCUUCAGAGGCCGAAUGUCUACCAGAGAAGUGGAUGAGCAGCUACUGGCUAUUCAGACCAAGAAUAGUUCUUACUUUGUGGAAUGGAUCCCCAAUAAUGUCAAAGUGGCAGUGUGUGACAUACCACCACGAGGACUGAAGAUGGCAGCCACCUUCAUUGGCAAUAACACAGCCAUUCAAGAGCUCUUCAUCAGGGUUUCUGAACAAUUCUCAGCUAUGUUUAGAAGGAAAGCAUUUCUUCACUGGUAUACUGGCGAAGGCAUGGAUGAAAUGGAGUUUUCUGAAGCAGAAGGUAACACCAACGACCUUGUGUCCGAGUACCAGCAGUACCAGGAUGCCACAGCAGACGUCGAGGAAUAUGAAGAGGUAGAAGUGGAAGUUAGCCAAGAACAGGAAACGCUCUAGAAACAAUAGUAAUCUAAAAUGGACACUUCAAG